UCGAUCCUCGGCUGCUGCCCCGGGUCUGCCUAAGCUCGAAGGUAUUGGGCUGAGGCGGCGGUAGCUGCGGCCCCGACCCCGAGCGAGGGGGCUUCGAGCGGAUAAAGGUCUACGGCCUGCGGGGAGCGAGUGGGAACAGAAAAGACAAGCUCCUCUGAAGCGAGAAGCUGCCCUCAGCUGUGAGUCCUUGACAACAUCACUAAUGAUUACCUGGCAUUUCUGUAUCACAGGCAGGUCCUCAGGGUUUGUGCAAGUUUGCAAAUAUGUUCACCGUUUCUCAGACCUCGAGAGCAUGGUUCAUUGAUAGGGCCCGUCAGGCCCGAGAGGAAAGGCUCGUGCAGAAGGAGCGGGAACGGGCAGCCGUUGAGAUUCAGGCCCAUGUUCGGAGUUUCCUGUGUCGGAGCCGGCUGCAGAAAGAAAUCAGGAGAGAGAUCGAUGAGUUUUUUAAAGCAGAUGAUGCUGAGUCCAGUAAAAAAAGUGCACUUUGUAUUUUUAAGAUUGCCAGGAAACUGCUGUUCCUGUUCAGAAUUAAAGAGGAUAAUGAGAGAUUCGAGAAGUUGUGUCGCUACAUCCUGAGCAGCAUGGAUGCUGAGAAUGAGCCCAAGGUGUGGUAUGUGUCCCUGGCCCUUUCCAAGGAUCUCACCCUCCUGUGGAUUAAACAGAUCAAACACAUUCUUUGGUGUUGCUGUGAGUUUCUUGAGCAGCUCAAGCCUGAAAUUUUACAGGACUCCAGACUCGUCACGCUGUACCUCACGAUGCUCGUCACCUUCACAGACACUUCAACAUGGAAAAUUCUCCGUGGGAAAGGGGAGAGUCUUCGGCCAGCCAUGAACCACAUUUGUGCAAACAUCAUGGGACAUCUCAACCAGUGUGGGUUUUAUUCUGUGCUUCAGGUACUGUUAACCCGUGGCCUGGCGAGACCCCGGCCUUGUCUGUCCAAAGGCACUUUAACUGCAACCUUUUCUCUAGCGCUGCGCCCUGUGAUUGCCGCACAAUUUUCAGACAAUCUGAUUCAGCCAUUCCUCAUCCACGUCAUGUCUGUACCUGCUCUUGUGACGCAUCUCAGCACAGUGACCCCUGAGCGCCUCACUGUUUUAGAAUCUCAUGACAUGCUUCGUAAGUUCAUCACAUUUUUAAGAAAUGAAGAUCGAUGCCGUGAUGUAUGUGAAAGCUUAGAAGGAUGCCAUACACUCUGUCUAAUGGGCAACCUCCUGCACUUGGGCGCCCUCAGCCCCAGGGUGUUAGAGGAGGAGACGGACGGGUUCGUGAGUUUGCUCACCCAGAUGCUGUGCUACUGUCAGAAGUACGUGUCCCAGAAGAAGUCCAACCUGACACACUGGCACCCUGUCCUUGGCUGGUUCUCGCAGUCAGUGGACUACGGCCUUAACGAGUCCAUGCCCUUGAUCACCAAGCAGCUGCAGUUCCUGUGGGGGGUGCCUCUGAUCCGGAUCUUCUUCAGUGACAUUCUGAGCAAGAAGCUGCUGGAGAACCAGGAGCCAGCCCAUGUGCAGCCAGCAUCCCCCCAGAAUGUGCUUCCUGUGAAGAAUCUCCUGAAGCGUGCGUUUCAGAAGUCUGCAUCCGUUCGGAAUAUUCUCAGGCCUGUUGGGGGUAAGCGUGUGGACUCUGCAGAGGUCCAGAAGGUCUGCAACAUCUGUGUCCUCUACCAGACCUCGUUGACAACUCUGACCCAGAUCCGCCUGCAGAUACUCACAGGUCUCACUUACCUUGAUGACCUGCUCCCCAAACUGUGGGCGUUUAUCUGUGAGCUGGGGCCCCACGGAGGGUUAAAGCUCUUCUUGGAAUGCCUCAGCAAUGAUACUGAAGAGUCCAAGCAGCUCUUGGCCAUGCUGAUGCUGUUCUGUGACUGCUCCCGGCACCUCAUCACGAUUCUUGACGACAUUGAAGUUUAUGAAGAACAGAUUUCAUUCAAACUGGAAGAGCUGGUCACCAUCUCCUCUUUCCUGAACUCCUUUGUGUUUAAGAUGAUCUGGGAUGGAAUCGUAGCUCUGACCAGCUCUAGGUGUGCGGCUCCCCCAUUCGUUUACCCCACAGAGAACGCCAAGGGGGAGACCUUGGAGCUGUUCCAGUCCGUGCACGGGUGGCUGAUGGUGCUUUAUGAGCGGGACUGCCGGCGUCGCUUCGCCCCUGAGGACCACUGGCUGCGCAAGGAUCUCAAACCUAGCGUCCUCUUCCAAGAACUGGACAAGGACCGGAAACGGGCCCAGCUGAUCCUGCAGUAUAUCCCACACGUCAUUCCCCACAAAAACAGAGUUCUCCUGUUUCGAAACAUGGUCACCAAGGAGAAGGAGAAGCUAGGGCUCGUGGAGACCAGCUCGGCCUCUCCCCACGUCACUCACAUCACUAUCCGACGGUCCCGGAUGCUGGAGGACGGCUACGAGCAGCUCCGGCAGCUCUCCCAGCAUGCCAUGAAGGGCGUCAUCCGCGUGAAGUUUGUCAAUGACCUCGGCGUGGAUGAGGCAGGUAUUGACCAGGACGGCGUAUUCAAGGAGUUCUUAGAGGAAAUCAUUAAGAGGGUGUUCGACCCGGCGCUCAAUCUAUUCAAGACAACCAGCGGGGACGAGAGGCUCUACCCCUCGCCCACGUCCUACAUUCAUGAGAACUACCUGCAACUCUUCGAGUUUGUGGGCAAGAUGCUGGGGAAGGCCGUGUACGAGGGAAUUGUGGUGGAUGUGCCCUUCGCAUCCUUCUUCCUGAGCCAGCUGCUCGGGCACCACCACAGCAUCUUCUACAGCUCUGUGGACGAGCUGCCUUCUCUGGACUCGGAGUUCUAUAAAAACCUCACCUCCAUUAAGCGCUAUGACGGGGACAUUGCUGACCUGGGCCUGACUCUGUCGUACGAUGAGGACGUCAUGGGUCAGCUUGUUUGCCAUGAACUGAUUCCUGGAGGGAAGACCAUUCCUGUUACGAAUGAAAAUAAGAUUAGCUACAUCCAUCUGAUGGCGCAUUUUCGGAUGCACACUCAAAUCAAAAACCAGACAGCUGCCCUCAUUAGCGGAUUCCGCUCCAUUAUCAAGCCCGAGUGGACCCGGAUGUUCUCAACCCCAGAGCUACAGCGUCUCAUCUCUGGUGACAAUGCUGAGAUUGAUCUGGAAGAUUUAAAGAAGCACACGGUGUACUACGGUGGCUUUCAUGGAAGUCACAGGGUCAUCAUCUGGCUCUGGGAUAUUCUGGCCUCUGACUUCACACCCGACGAGAGAGCCAUGUUUCUGAAGUUUGUGACCAGCUGCUCCAGGCCCCCGCUCCUAGGAUUCGCCUACCUCAAGCCUCCCUUCUCCAUCCGCUGUGUGGAAGUGUCAGACGAUCAGGACACGGGGGACACCCUGGGCAGUGUCCUCCGGGGCUUCUUCACCAUCCGCAAGCGGGAGCCGGGUGGCCGCCUGCCCACCUCCUCCACCUGCUUCAACCUGCUCAAGCUGCCCAACUACAGCAAGAAGAGCGCCCUCCGGGAAAAGCUGCGCUACGCCAUCAGCAUGAACACGGGCUUCGAGCUCUCCUAGCUCCCGCCCCUGCCGCCUGCCCUGGCCGGCUCCUGGGAUCCCAGGGACCUUCAGCUCCAGGGGGCAGGGUCGCUCUGGGAGUGGGUGACCCACCCGCCAAGUGACCUCUCACUCUAUAGCCAUGAGACUCCCCUGUGGCCUCAACUUCUUGGGACGCACCUGACGACUCCGUAGCGCUCUCCAGGUGACACUGAUGGGAAGGGUGUUGAGAAUAAACCUCCAGGUUCCGCCAGCGCUGGUCCUUUUCUCCUGCUUUCCGGGGUCUGAAGCCAAGGCCUAUGGUCACAGAGGGACUUCUUUUGAUAGUUUGGUUUUUUGGUGAGUCUUUUCUUUCCUGAACUUUCUGAAUGAGCUGUGCAUGAACAAGUGAGUGCCCGGAACUCCAAGGGUCCGGAGUGGUUUUCACGAUACGGUCCUGAGUGCACAGAGCCCACUAGGGCUGAGACGCUCUCCUUCCUUUUCUGAAAACUCUUUACUCAGGUAAGGCCUCACCAAGCCUCUAUGCACUUGACAAAGUCUCUGCUUCCGUCCCAUCCACAGCGGCCCCUCUGCAGACAACCAGGCCUGCCUGCUCCCCAAGGAAGCAGAGUUGCCGGCCAGGAAGGCGGCAGAGCCCAGGAAGUUCGGGGCGCUGCCCCCACCUUGAAACCACGCAUUCCACGGGCGGCAGUGCCCCCCCCACACACACACACCCAGUCUCGCCUCAGAUGCUCUGAGUCCUUAGCAGGUGGGGUUGCUUGGAGGCCCCCCACUGGCUUGAUCCCAUCUAAUGUGUUCACACUGGUGGCCUGGCUUUGGGAGAAAGUACCUCUUGGCCCUUAAGAGCAGCUCUGUUUCCAGAGGGCGCUGGCUGUUCCCCAAAGCCUGCUGAUUCCUAAGGGGAUAGCUGCCAUCCCCCUGCUUCUUUGCCCUGCUCUUGUCUUGUAAGGAACACUAUCUGAGUUACCCAGCCUGUUGGGGCAGUGGCUUCCCUCCACUGAUGGUAAAAUCCCAAGAAACUUGGGUCUUGCCCCUCAUUUUUCUUCAGCACGGGGAACGGGGACACUUUGCACUGACGGAAGCUCAAAGGGCUGAGGAAACGCUGGGCUGGGUUUUUUGGGUUUGUUUUUUUACUUCAUUUUUCUCUUCCAACCCAUUGUGCUCCUCUGCCCUUAUCAUGAGAACUUCAUUCUCGAUCCAGGGAAUUGAGACAGAGGCCGUGUCCGUGGUCUGUGUUGACAGCCAUCACCCUUGCCCCCCUCGUCAAGCUCCUUAGGCAUCCCCACCACCAAGACUGAAGCCAGGAGUGCCUGGUCCCUCUGUUCUGUGGAGCCGGCUGGGGCCUUCCAGCUUUCUACCAAGCAGCAGAACACCUUCUGGCAAAAACCUUCAUGUUGACGGCAAAGUAAGCAGGACUGCUCUCCGUGGCUUCCCUCAGAGGUUGCCGCUAGGUGCCGUGUCCCGCCCGGGCCCAAGCCUGGCUACGUGAGAGCCCCUGGGCUUCUGCAAAACAGAGUUUAUAUUUUACUUUGAUGGAAGGAUGGCAAAGAAUUUAAAGACAGGAAUUUAUUAUUAUUCAAGAUUUGUAAGUAACCUCUGAUUCUGUGGAUUUGCCACUUUAAACGCUCGACUCCUCUGAAGAUCUCUGAAUGUGUGCGCGCACGCGCGGAGCGGGCGUGCACAUUUAUGCGGGGGCCCAGAGGACUGUCGGCCCGCACGGAUGCUUCCAUCUUGACUCCGAUCACCCGCAGAUCGGCCAGCGUGCCGCUGGGGAGAGCGGAGAGCGUGGUUUCUAAGCACCGACACCAAUUUCUUUUGUUCUUUUGACGAGGAGGGGUGGUUCAUAAUUUCAUUUAAAUUGUUCUCUUCAGUAGCUGGAAAUAUUGCACUAUCUAAAACAUUGAAUCUGUGCUUUUAUGGCCGGUGUUUGUUGACACUUCGAUGGCUCUUGAUGGCUCUAAAAAGUUGUGGGGGGUUUUUUGGUUUCAUAGAUAACCUAGGGAUUAAAACGUGAUCAAAGGCUUUAUUAAAU